AUGAGCGCGUGAUGUCGAAACAGAUCAGAUCAUCACAUCAGAUCCCCUACCAUCAUGUCAUCAGCAUCUGCAGACAUUUGAUGUCUGUAAAUAUUGGAAAGAUUUCAGCUCUCUGCAACUUUAUCCGCACAGCAGUUGACAGCUUUCAAGCCAGAGAUGAGCCAAAUGAAGCUGCCUCAAGCUGGACUUCUCCUCUGGAUGUGUGUAAUGAACAGGGUCCAGGACACAGAAACUCUCUUAGACUUUUUCUAUCUACAUGUCAUCCACAGCAACAGCAGCAGCAGCACUGUCAAUCACCCACUGUGUGAUCAGGCAGUACAUCGACAUCACCUGUUACUGGCAAACAACCGACCAGUACCUGAACAUCAACAGCUACAGGCUUCAGAUUAACAAAACCUCUUGUGAAAGUAAACACAGCUUCUUCCAGGUGGGUUUCUGUAAUACAGCAGGCUCUGACUGCUCCGUUCAGCCCAUCGACUCAGCGUUACACUGUUUCUGUGCGGAUGUGCUUGCGUCCACACACACCGGAUCCAUACGAUCACCGCCGUACUUCUUCUUUGGGGUCAAUGCAGUGAAACUUCGUCCUCCACAGAUAACAUAUCUUACGCCAUCAAAGACAAGGUCUGAGUGUUUGCAGGUGACAUGGAAAAUGGUUGAGAGCUUUCUCCAGAAUGAAAAAGUCUACAUUCGGCUCCAAAUAGAGUACACGACACACAACCAGACCCGAUCCCAGAUUACACAAGCCUUUUCCAAUGAGACAUUGGAGCUGUGUGACUUACAACCAGGAUCCAAGUAUACGGUGAGACUGAGAGCUCAGGACAGUCGAGUGCUUGCUCACUGGAGCUCAUGGACAUCUCUAGACACAACCACAGCAGAGAAAGCUCCGUCUGCAGCUCCUCGGCUCUGGAGACUCAUCCAUUCUGUGGAAGAAGCUGGAAGGAGACGCCUCACCCUGCUCUGGAAGCCUGUGUCCUGGCCUGAGGUCAAUGGUGUAGUGCUCAGUUACUCUGCAAUAUGUCACAGUGAUCUGGAUUCAUCGCACUGGACAUGUGGCUCUAUGGACGCAUCCAGACGCUCCUGCAUCCUCAAUAUCUCUGAUGAUCCCUGUCACUGCAGCCUGACAGCAACGAACUCUGCUGGGACGUCACCUCCAGCUCACAUCUCUAUACCUUCACAUACACAUGCAGAAGAACUCCCACCCCCUCAGGCUAUCAGUGUCACCCGAUUGGACGACACUCGACUGGUGGUGGAAUGGACAGCUGCAAUGAACCAAUCAGAGAGCGGCUUUGUGGUGCAAUGGGCUUCUGUGCCUUACAGUGAACCAACUAGUUUGCACUGGGAACAUAUAAAUGAAACUGCAAGAAGCUUUAUUGUCUCAGGUCUUCUGCCAGAAGUCCCAUAUAAUCUGUCGUUCGUGAGUCUGUAUGGGCCACUGGCAGGAAGUGGCAUGUCAGUCAUUGCUUUCACACGGGAAGGAGCGCCCUCUGUCGGCCCAAAUAUAACAAUGCUGGAGACGAUCAGCAGCGGUGUUGUUCUGAAAUGGGAUCCUGUUCCUUUAGAGAAACUUCACGGAUUCAUCCAGAGCUAUACCAUACUGUACAGCAUAAAUGGCAAAGACAAAAGUAAGAUGCAAUUUUUCUUUGCAAAACGUUGAAAAGCAGUGUAAGGCAGGUACAUGAUGAAAGAACUGUCACGUUUGAGUUUGACGUCUUGUGUUUGUGAAGGUGUAAACGCUCAUGAUGAACAGAAAUCUCUCAGUGGACUGAUGGAAGGAACCUAUAACAUCUGUGUAAUGGCUCAUACUGCAGUAGGGGGCGCCACUGGGCCCUGUCAGCUGGUGGUUGUGGGCCUUGAGGAUGUACAAGUGAUUCCCAUACUGCUGUGUGCACUUCUGCUGUGUUUUCUGAUUCUAAUCAUCCCAGUAUGCAUGAGGGUGAGGAUUAAACAGUGUCUGUGUCCAACUGUACCAGACCCUUCUAAAAGCAGCCUGUCGGUCUGGUCCAACGCUAGAAUGUGUCAGCAUAAGCUACCAUCCUUGUCCGCCAUGAACUCUAUCAUCUCUAUGGGUCAAACUACAAUCUUUCAGGAUUAUGGUGAGAAAGACUACGUCCCUGUCCAGGUGUUCACCUUCCACACUGUUCCACAAGACAGCAAUGAGACCAACAACAGCACUUCUGCUGUAACACACCAGGACUCCAAACUCACAGCAGCUCAAGCUUUCCCCACACAUCUCCUCAACCAGAGCUACACCAAACCAGGCCAAGUCACUCCCGCUGGAUACAAAGAAGACCCACAGCCCUCAUUUGACCAUCUCUUGUUUGAAUCGCUCUUCACCAACAAAAGAAAUCAAGCAGAUUUAUGCGACUACAUCCACGUGUCCCAGAGCUGCGAGCAGGUCAUCACGACCAUAGAUGAGUACAGGACUCUCGACCUGAAUGAGUGUCCGCAUUUCCUACAGGUUUUACCGGAGGACACCAGCACAUAGCACACUGCAGCUUAAACAAUGAGUCUUACAGUAUGUGACUGGGGUUUCACAAUCCCACUCUCUCCAGCCCACUAAAACAUGAGCCCUCGUAUCAACCACCAUCUCUGUGUGCUUUGUGUUUGGCAGAUAUACACAGGUUUAUGCAGUAACGUGAUAGUUGGAAUGGCAUAAGGCUGGGUGCAAUUAAAAUCAGAAACUUGUCUACUCUGUAAUCUGUGUCCAGUGUAGACAUCCGCAGUUGAUCAUAAUAGUUGCACUGGAUUUACAAUAGAUUCAUGGGCUGGUUCAAGAGAUUGCAUCCGAUUGCUGUUUUGCCCGACACUUGAAAAUGAAUUGUGAACUUUUUCCAUCAGUCUUUUUAUCUGAGCACCUCCUGUCAGAUCUCGUCUAGGUCAAGGACACCACAAGAGGACCGCUAGUCAUUUCCACAUGUGACACCUCUCUCACAAAACCUCUCGGGUCUAGAGUCAAAUCUGCAUAACCACUGACACCAGUUGCCAGAUGAGUGGAAAAUGUGUGCCGGGUCUGAGAAUUUGCUUUCGUUGCAUGGAAACUUGGCCUAUAUUUGAUAUUUCUGAAAUCAAACAGUGCAUUUUGUUUGUGGCAUAAUAUUGUUUUCAAAUUUUUUAUUAGCAAAUGGUGCUUGAGAAAUACCAGUAUCCAUAUUAUUUUAAUUUCUUUAUUUUGAUAUUUGGUUUAAUAUUAC